AUGGAUUUCUAUAGAGAAUUUCCUUAUCCUACUGCGAAGGAUUUUGAAGUCAUAAAAUGCUACUUAGACGCCGAAGUUGAGUUUAUGCCAAAAGCAAACUUCUACAAUGACGAUCAAAACAUUCUAAUUCGAAGAAAUGCUGUUUCGAUGAUCGCCAAGCUCACAACUAAGGAAUUCAUGGACUGGUUUGAUCCGGAUGCUUAUGUUCCGUAUAUUGCAAUGAACUACUUUGAUCGCUUCGUGUCCCAUUUCGGCAUGAAGUACGUGGAAGGCCAGACCAUGACAGAAAAAGUUAAUCUGAUUGCUAUAUCUUGUUUCACCAUAUCUGCCAAGAUGAGAGUAGACUCGUUUGAAUACUGUUGUUGGUUUCUUCAAAGGGUCAUGAAAAAUCUUGGAAUAAAGAGUGUUAUGGUUAUGAAAACGGAGCUUGUCAUUCUCCAAGCACUUAAAUGGAGAAUGAAACCCGUGACUCCCGACUGUUUUCUAAACUCCUAUUACCCUUGCUUCAAAGAUUUCGGUGGUUUUAAUCGCCGUAGCAUUAAUGAGAUCAUAGUUCAAGCUCAAGGAGAGCACACUUUUGUUGAUUUUAUGCCGUCUCAAAUUGCACUCUCCGCUCUUCUGGCCGCUUCCAAACUUGCAUAUCCUUUGCAUAAGGAAAAGAUUGAAAGAAUCAAAAGCAAUGAUAAAGUGUAUCUAUCAUCAUCUAAUGUCAAUCUAAUUUCAUAUAACAAGGCUUACUUACAGUUUACCAUAGUGAAGGACUGUGCAAAAAAGAUGAUAGAUCUUUGCAGAAGAAUGAACAUCAGGAUUGACACCCCUGGAUCUUUGCAGAUGAUAGAUGGGACUGUGGUCGACAUGAAAAAACUGGAUAUAGGCAAGAUGAAGACUUCUCAAUUGCAGGUGCAGGAGGAGCCGGAGAAGUUAUAUGAUAAAACACCAAAGAAGCCACUGAACUUUGAGUUGAAGUGGGUGCAGCCACAAUAA